AUGGCUACGGGUUCAGCGGGCUAUAAUGGAGUGGGUACCGGUCCGCGAGCAUUCUCUUCUGCCUCUGGCCAGUUGCGCGGUCCCCGGGCUCCUCGUAAACCAAUUCCACCUCCUGCGCCACUUACGAUUCUCCAGUCUCCGCAUAUGCUAAAGGAUGAUGCUAUCAUGUCGGCAGUUGAUUUUGCGCCUGGUUCAAGCUUCCGUGAUCAGCGCGAUGGUACACCCGGCACGCCUACUGGCGGUGUGCGUCCCUAUAGUCCCUCUAUUCGUGCUCACACUCCGCUUGUUUCGGCUUUUGACGAACUUGCCGCAAUUCCUAGCCCACACGCAUUACGCAAGUCCGGCACCUAUACUAGCUUGGAUUUCGCCCCGCCUGGUCGUUUCAGGGGUAAUGAUGGUGGUAGCGAGACUGGCAGCGUUCGCAGUAUGCGUACCGGUAUCUCCAACACGCAUAUGAACAACAUCCGUAAUGGUAACUACCGGGUCAGCCGACUGCCGGCCGAUAUGGUGGGCACUCGAGACGACAUGAUGGCCAGCUUGAAGCCCGAUUGGGGUAUGAAUCGAUAA